AUGGAAACUGGUCAGCCAAAAGAUCCAACGAAAGCUCGUUCGUACUGUACGAUGCACCUCAAUAGUCGCUUGGUCUCAUACGAGGAAAGGAGAAUUCAUACACCAAUCACCAUGGCCAUAUAUAGAGGCAUAUACUUUCUGGGAAUUGGUAAUAAAGACGACGAAUGGGAGAGAAGAGAGUACGGACGAGAAAACUCUAACUUGCGGGUUGAUUCUCGUCGUCGGUCCUUAACGUUCGGUCAAAAACCAAAAGAGGCGCAGCUGGUAUGGAAAGAAAAGGUUAAUCCCAGUGAGGAGGGUCCGGUCAAUACUCCUUUUACGACACCAAGGCAAAUCCCGGAGAUACAGUCAAAGGAAGUGCAGCUCCUCCAUGAAACUAUCAUGACAGACCUACAGAAUGUAACACAAAAAUAUGUCAAUGUUCCUGAUCCAGUGGAAAGUGCAGCAAGAAGGCAAAGAGUACUCGAAGGGGAAGCAAACGACCUUAUGGCAAGGACUGCGGCUACAAUGCUAGAGAACGCCUUAACUAAAGGGAAUCAACUAACCAGUAAUCAUGCUUUCUAUGCCGAGCUGGAGAAAUCAGGGGAAUCACUACCACAGAAUGAGAGGCAGGAGAUACAAGAAUCACCGGCACUGGAACCCCAGCUGGGGGUUUUGGACCUGCAACAUCACCAAUCUCAGCAACCGAAAAAACGAGGUAGACCCCCUGGAAGGACGACGACUAAUCCUCGACGGACUCAACUAGCGGGAGCAGGAUCAAAAAAGAGGAAAGUUGUUAUCCAAAACUCGCCACACCAGAGGCGAUCAUACUCUACUCUUAACAACUUGGAAGUAAGCCCGCGAUAA